CUGAGGUGGCGCCAGCUCAAACAGUUGCCCUCGAGAGCUUGCAUUCAAUGAUUUGAAGUGAGGCCGUUGCAAGGUGCUCCAGCUACCUAACCAAAUAUAAUCUUCGGUACAGAACAAUCAGAAGCAAAGGCGGCGCUUCUACCACCACCUUUUCUCAAAAUUGUCUUUGACGCGUCCCAUCUACCUGGUCCUACGUGCUUUCCAAAAAGGCUUCAAAGGACACCUAAAUAAGAGAGGUAGCCACUCUGCGAGCAGAAAGAUGGAGACUUUGUUUACCCGCACCCCCGCUGUUCUCUCCAUGAGCUUGCAAGCGACUUUAGGUGGGGGAGGCACAGAGAGGCUGCACCGCUACUUCUUUGCACCAAGCAAUAUCCAAGGGGGGCAGACUGCACCACAAUUGACCAGCAGCUCCUUCACCGGUACACCUGUUCAGCUUCCAAAGGCGUUCGCCAGAGAAAAGGGACAUGCAGUCAGUGAGACGCGCAGAGGAUGCAGUAUGGAAGCAAAGGCGCCCCUCAAAACUCCAGGGGGCGAAGUUGCAGACUGCGAGACGGCUCAUCCCCUCUUACGGAAGAUCCUCAAAGGCAUGCUCAAACCAUACGUCAAGCGAAACCCCACAGCUGCACAAGUCAUGUCAAUCCUUGGCGAGCGGGAGUUAAUUCGCUUUGACCAUUUCGCAUUCAGAACCUUUGGGGUGGAAGGCUACGGCAUCGAUUCAAUCGCCAAGAUGUUCCUUGACCUGGGGUACCGUCAGCGGGACGAGCUUCGCUUCCCUGCCAAGAAGCUGCGCGCCUACUGGUACUCCCCCCCGAAAGAAGCCGUGGAGGAGUCUGGCGCAAGCAUGACUGACGGUCCACUGCCACGUGUCUUCAUCUCUGAGCUCCUGGUGGACCAGCUGAGCGAGAAAGCGCAGGCGAUCAUCAAGAAGUACACGUCAGAGGGCCGGCAGCUGGCCGGCCAUGCAGCCCUGUCGAGUCUAGUGCACGGCCUCCCUUGGCGCACGCCAGAGCUCAAGGACUACGUCGAGCUGACCAGGGAGAGUGAGUACGCCGCGUGGACCCUGGUGAACGGUUACGCCCUGAACCACACCACCAUCACCUGCCACGACUUCGUCAAUUUCACCAUGGGCCCAGGCAUGGCCCUGCGCGACGUCGUGAACUUCCUCUACAGGGAGCAGAUCGCCUUGAACGGUGCAGGGGGAUCCCUCAUCAACGUCAGCCCGGACAAACUGCUCCUCCAAGCCUCCACGGAAGCGGACAUCGCGCCCUUCACCUUCGCCGGCGGCCACGUGGCGGACGUUCCUUUGUCGUACAUUGAGUUCGCCCACCGCGAAGUCCUGCCCGAGUUCGAGAACCUCCCCCUGGAAGAGAUCUACGAUUGUCACCGCAGAGAAGGUUUCGAAGUUGGGAAUGCGGACAACAUCUUCGAGAGCACAUCCAUUAAGCGAUCACACGCAACAACUUGAGUCGUUCAUUGAGGUAUCCACGGGAAGGCACUUGCUGAACUUUGAGCGCAUGAACAGCUGUAUACAUGAGGCAUAGGACCGUCCGGGUAAGUCACUCAGAAACCAACCGUUGGGUGCUUGUUAGGUCUGCCACGUUAGAAUUUUUUGGCUAGGUAUUAAAAACAAAAAAACCUGAUCGGACAUAGCGUUCUCGAAAGGCAAGCUUUUGGGAGGCUUAAGACAAAGGAAUGGCAACGUCAGGAAGUUUGGACCUAGUUUGUACCAUACAGGCAGGUAUAGCGAGCUCGGGAGUGAUAACCCACAUUCAAAGCACGAACCAAAUAUCCCUAUGUGCAAUGCGACCAUAGAUUUGAGGUACUUUAUCCGCAAUCCUGUAUUAAUAUUCGUAGGAAUAGAAGUUUUGACUUUCGAAACAGAUUUCUUCACUUAAGAAAGCCAGAAUUGUACGUAGGAACCCCCUUUAGUAGGUAGGUGCCACGCCAGAGCCUGCAUGAUUAUGUUGGUUGCACAAACUGUGUU